AUGGCUGCACGUGCAAGACACAGACAGGCAAGGCAAAUGCAAUGCGGUGUUGUGUCGGUCGGGAAGGGAAAAGGAAGGAGGCUAAACCACGGGGCUCAAUCUCGCGGAAAUCCUAUCUAUAGGGAUUGGAUGGUGGAGGAGAUGAUGGAGCGGCCACGCAAGGCUGAUGCUCCUCCAGGCAGCGCAUUUUAG